AUGAACCUGUACCGUACUCAGAGUACAUCCAAUGGCAAUGAUAGUGUUUCAUACGAACUGCGUCGAGACUUGGAAAUUUUGAGACAGAUAUUGUUGCGUUGCUGCAAGUCAAAAGAUGGCAACUCCUUUCUUGCGGUCUGGCAGUCUUACAAUGAGGUGCUGCGCGAGUACGGUCUUCGUUCUAAAGAGGACAAGGUGUAUAUUCAUUUAUUACUUCGUCUUUUUAAAAUGAAAGCUGAUAGCUGGGAGGAAAAAUGGAAAGUGCUGAUGGAAAAGUUGCAUCUUGAGCACAUUGCCCCAAAUAUACGUGUUCCAUUGCUGAAUCCUCCCAUUGAUCCGUUCGUCGUAGAUAGCAGCAACAAGCCGGACUUUGGUCAUUUAAAGGGCAGACAAUCCUUACCAGCAACGCCAAUUGUCUCUCGACACUCAAGCUCCGAUGCGACAAAAAUUGAGCUACAAGCAGAAAGGAUCAAUGCCCUCCGGGAAAAGGAGUUUCUGCGACAAGUAUUUCGCUACAUGCAAGAGAGAGCUCGGUACUCUCAGCAGAUGAGCGGUAUUCUUAUGACUCGUGCUGCUCAAUUCUAUGCCGGUGUAUUAAUGUAUCGUUACCUGUCCGCAUGGAUGAACAAGCUAAACAAUUUUCGAAUAGUGCUUCAUCAAGCACACCACGCCGGCGACAUGGUUUUGGUCGACAAAAGCUUUUCUCGCUGGCGUAAACAGCUGCAUCAACAAAUUCUGUUGCGCGAAAAAGAAGCUCAACAAUUUAUUGUUUUCAAAACAUUAGCAAACUGGCACUCGCUUACUACCCAGUGGAAGGAAAAAGUUCAGUCGCUGCUAUUCAAACGAAGCUUUUCUAAGUGGAAAAAAAAGCUGCGAAAUGUUCGAGAAAAAGAAGCGCAGGCACACGAGUUGUCUGUUCAGCAAACCUACGCAAAUACGUUCGACCAUUGGUUCUUUCACACUUGUAUGCGCAGAGUGUUACGUGUAUAUCGGACAAAGUUAUGUGUGCGAGUGUUUCAGCAAUGGUCUCUGCGAUAUAGCGACAUACUCAAUCUAUCAAAAGAGGCAAAAACACAUUACAAUUCUACCGUACUGAAGCGCUGCUGGCGGCGCUGGAAAAAAAAGUGUGCACAAAUUACACCGGAGGUUGAGAAUGCGCUCACAUUCAAUAAAACUCUCGUUUUACGAAACACAUUUCAGGUUUGGCGAAGACAGACACGUCUUGCGGUUGCGGGCUACUCCGUGAUCGAAAGAGUGGACACAAAAUCAUUAAAAAGCGUAUUUUCUUUUUGGCGUUUACGAGCAAAACGGGCAGAUCAAAUUCUUAUUCUAGCUGAUAAUAUUUUGCUGUGUACUUUUAUUAAUCGAUGGCGGCUUCGUCUUCAAGAACACAUCUGCUGCGAAAAUCAUGAAUAUCGACUACUACAAAAGCUUUUUGGUCAUUGGUUACUGGCGUCAAAGCGUCGCAGAUGCACUCGGUUGUAUGAAACACAGCUGUUGGAAACCGUUUGGGUUGAAUGGCGACAGAGGACAAAGCGCAGCUUGCAAUUACUUUCGACGGCACAAACGAUUGACGAACGAAACCGGUGGCUCUGUGGAAAGAAAAGUCUUCUUCACUGGCGAAUGGUUGUUCUCGAGCAUGGUGAACAGCAGGUGAUUGCCGAGGAGCGCGAUCGCGAAAAGACAUUGCGGCUGUUUUGGCAGCAGUGGAAUAGCCGUCUUCAGAAUCGUGCAGGCUUGUUGUGUCGUGCAGACGAUUUUUAUGACGCACGUCUGCAACGCUUUGUUUUUGAAUGUUGGCGCCGUCGUUAUGAAAUUCGACAUCAAAAAAGUUUGGAUGAGCAAGCCAGUAUCUAUAACGAUCACCGUCUAAAAAAUAAAGCUCAACAAUGUUUUUUUUUAUGGUAUGACCGACUUCAGAAAGUACACAAGCUGGACCGAGUACAAGAUGUAUUGGAGCAACGUCUAACAACAGAUGCGUUUCUGCAUUGGUUUCAUCGUACGGAACGGAUACGCGCGCUUUCAUUGUUGGCUGAAAGUGCAUACGCAGAGCGCUUGUUACGUUCUGCGUUAUCUAUGUGGCACUACCAGUACCAACGACUCGUUUUGCUACAAAAUGUGAGUGAAACGAAGCACCAGGAACUUACUCUUCGAACGAAAAAGCGAAUGUUUGAUGCUUGGCAGCUUCGAUUUUUUCGCACAUCAAGUUUGUUUGCACAGGGAAGUCGGUUUCAUGAACGCAAAAAAUCUCGAUUAGUCGGUCGGUGCAUGCGUCGCUGGCAAUCACGGUACCGGAAGCGACUAGACAAACGAGCACAAGAAACGAGCAACGGGGAAGAGGACACCGUGUCUUCCAGUUAUUUGCACGCGUUUGAUACCACCCUACCUUUACAAAACGAGUCUCAUCUUCGGUCUUCUUCGCGUUUCCGCGACCGAUUAGAGCAAGAGCUGCGUACCCCGACCACUCGCUUCUCCAAAUUUUUGAGGAAUCCGCUUCCUCCGAACACGAGAUGAUGAUGGCUUAAGG